AUGCCUGUUCGCUUCUGCACCUUAUUCGUUUCGCUCGAACGGCAGUGCUCAUUGCCUCUACACUCGCGAAACUUUUCAACCCUGUCAGUACCGGCAAUGACGACUGCUUCGACCUCAACCAACGACCACGCCGCGACGGCCCCGCAAUUGCCCCCGAUGCGACUCUCCGGCGCCCUAGACACGACGGCGUGUACCACUUACGAUGGCGCUUUGUUCCGAUGUCGUGUCUGUCACGACACCAACAAGUCAAGAUGAGUCUGAACUAUGGUGUGGGUCUCAAGGCGCGGUUGGAGGCGGGUCUGGUCUUCGACGGUUGCCUGCCGCGCACGCAUUGGCAGGACGCGCGCUGUUCCUAUGUGCUCCUUAUCAGCGGUUGCCCCGAUGACGGCCUCGACCAUCGUCCGAGGCGCACAGUUGCCUUCGGAGAUGUUUGACCGCCACUCUGAGUCCGUUGCGAUGCGGACCUGUGACUCGAACUGGUACAUCAUGCGGAAAUACGACUUGAUGGUUCGUUCUUUGUGGUGGUCGGGAUCCAAGGUCUCGAAGAUAAAGGGUGUCGGACCCUUCGACCAGUCAGUCGAUCAUGGCUCACGUCUCGGCUGCCCUCAACGUGCCCUCGAAGUGGGCUGAGCUCGCGGCCGAGCAACAGUCAUCGUGGGCCCGGGCGAUGGAGCGCCCGGUGGACGAUCUCAUCCAGGCGCGUGGCCGCAUUCAAGCCAUGGAGGCGGCAACGCUGGGGGACGAGGAUUAA